CGUUUCGGCAGAAUUCAUUGUUGGUACAAAUACGAGAAAUCCUACGUUGCUUCUUUCAGUAAUACCGCCGAGUAUAGAAGCUCCACACGGCGUAGCCAUCAUAUAAGGCAACCGCGUACAAAUCUUCUUUCUUGUAAUAUCGAGACUGCAUUUAUAACUGUACGCCCUCCCCACUAAAGCCCUUACAAUAGGAGUUCCUUAGCCUCACGAUGGCAACAUGCACACUUUCUCCAGAGGCGGAUAACACUUAACAGGAGGCCAGCCAGAGGUAGCAUCUUCGCAUAACGUUGUCUGCUAUGACUAUGGACGUCCAGAUGCCCAGUCCAUCGCUUGGCUCACCGGCAGUGGGGAGUCCGCGAAACAUUGGCUCCCCAUCAUCUCGCGUGCGUGCAAACCUACAAGACUCUAUCUCUGCCAGCAAGCUGUACAAGGACUUGUCUCCGACACGUGUGUACCAGAGCACCCGUGAUGAGAGCCGGGUGGCAUUACCGGACCUCUUCCGACAAAAGAACAGCCUGCAAUCACUUCGACCAACAUAUUCGAAUGAACCGGUUGGAGGAGAUGACGAUGACGCCGGGCGGACGCCCAAGUUACUACAACGGUUGGAGGCCUUGUUGGAGGAGAAGCUGAGCCUGGUUGAGCGGCUUGGCAACGGCAACAAGGGCUUCGCAGCUGCGCAGUUGCGAACGGAUGCGUUUCGGCAGGUCUUCGACGCAUUCCUGCACAGCUUCACGACGUACCGGUCGCUGCUCCUGCGUAUCAAGCAAGAGUACGACGUGGCGCUGGACGACGCGCUCGCAUCGCUGUACGACAACGUGCACAUGAAGGCGGAGUUGGCGGUUGUCGACGAACGGAUGAUCACCGCCGUACAGCAGGCGCGUGCACGGGCGCUGGAAGACGCUAGCGCGGUGCGCAAGGAGCUGCAGGACCAGCUCAACAUGGAGGAGAGCAAAGCGCUGCAGGCCGAGGCACGUUGCCAAGCUGCGG